AUGUAUUUAUGCGAUGAAUUAUCACAUGGCCAAAAAGGAUUCAAGAAAGAUCAUAAAUUGUCCUUCUAUUGGUACAAGCGAGCUCACGAGGCUGGGGAUGUCAGAGGCACAGCGUCACUGGGGGGUUGUUACCUGGCUGGUGAUGGCGUAGCACCUUGCAUCUCUCGUGGGUUUGUCCAUGUCACUACCGCAGCCAACAAAGGGUCAGACUUGGCAGCAUGUUUGCUUGGAAUGGCAAAUGUCAAUGGAUGGUAUGGUAUGGUUGUGGACAAAGUUGAGGCCAUCCAGUGGCUCGAAAAGGCCACUGACGACGACUGUCUUUAUAUCGAUUUGAAAAAAGACGCCAAGGACGAAGCUCGGGAAUUGUUGAAUGACCUAAGAGCCCAAGUACGUCGAACAGGGAAUGAUAUGAAUGUUAUGUAUCAUUCAGGACUUUAUUAUGCUCAGGGUCAGAAAGGUUUCAAGAAAGAUUUCAAAUUGGCUUUGCAGUGGUUGGAGAAAGCUCACGAGGCUGGGAAUGUCAUGGGCACAUUAGUGGGCAAGUACUAUCUGCAUGGGACAGGUGUGGCCAAGCAACAAUCGCUUGGACUUGUUCACCUUGCCGAUGCAGCAUCCCAAGGAUCAAACCUUGCGCCCAAAGAAUUGGGAAUGGCAUUUGCCAAUGGAACUGGCUUGGACAUGGAUAAAACAGAAGCCAUCCGUUGGUUGGAGAAGUCGCUUGGGAACUGUCCCCACAAACAUCUGAAUGCUGUAGGCAGAAACAAAGCCCAGCAGAAACUGGAUGAACUCAAGGCAUCAGUGCCUGCAAGUUCGUUGACCUCCUGA